CACCCAUAGCCGUGCUCUCUUUAACCACAAACUACCACAAUGUCGCGCAUGGCAAAAGACAAUACCUUCCAGGCCCCUGAGAGUGCCCAGACACAAAAUACACCGGGCCUGGAAAGCAAAAUGCAACCCGCCAGCGAAGCAACCAAGCUCGAGACUUCCGACGGAAUUAAAGAUUACAAGGGCUCCGGUAAGCUGCAGGGCAAGAAGGCACUCAUUACCGGCGGAGACUCCGGCAUUGGCCGCUCCGUCGCAGCCCUGUACGCCAAAGAAGGCGCUGACAUAACAAUCGUCUACCUCCCUGUUGAAGAAGAAGACGCGCAAGAGACAAAAAGACUCGUUGAGGCCGAAGGACGCCAAUGCCUGCUGCUGAGCGGGGACCUCCGCGACCGGGGGUUCUGCAAGCAGGCCGUCGAUUCGCACGUACAGAAAUAUGGACACAUCAACAUCCUAGUUAACAAUGCCUCGCAGCAAUUCAGCUGUCCCGACCUGGCGCAGAUAAACCUCGACACCGUCACUGAUGUCUUUCAGACAAAUAUCAUCCAGAUGUUUGCGAUGACGAAGUUUUCCCUCCCGCAUAUGAGCAAAGGAGAUAGUAUCAUCAAUAAUACUUCGGUCACAGCGUUCAGAGGGACAGGUAGCAUGGUGGAUUAUGCAUCGACCAAGGGGGCGAUUGUAGGUUUCACGCGGUCUGCUGCUCUCCAACUUAUUCCCAAGGGAAUUAGGGUCAACGCGGUUGCUCCUGGCUCAACUUAUACGCCUAUCCAAGUCGAUACGCGCGAUGCAGAGCAGAUGCAGGGGUGGGCGAGUUCGAAGCCGCUGGGCCGGCCAGGGCAGCCAAGCGAGGUGGCGACCAGCUUUGUCUUUUUGGCCAGUUCGGAUGCGUCCCUGUUCUACGGACAGAUCCUGCAUCCGUAUCCGCUGGGUGAGUGAGUUUAUUGUUCAGGGAGGAAGGAAUAGCACAAUACCAAUCCUGUAUAAUAUCUCUCAGAUGGAAUUGACAAUAACUCGGGACACUAUAACUACAUUACUUGUACGAAGAGUAUG